AUGUUGAUAAGUAUCACAAGUAGUCAACUCCGCUCCAGUCAACGCCUUGCUGCGGCCUCAAACCACUUUAGCAUUCGUGAAGAAGAAUUGGAUCCAGAACUCACUAUCACUUCUUCGGUUAGCUCAUCUACUCCCUCAUUUCCACCUGGUCUUUCCGGCAUCUCUGAGGUUCCUGUCUCAGAUUUCCUUGAAGGCGUUCAAAGUGAGCGUCGUUCUCUGGACUCCAACACUCCCCACAUUUGCUGCUUCAGCGGAGUUCAAACAUCAAAUCGAAGCCGCUUAAAACGCCCUGUCUCACUCCCUGGAUCUGCGGAUGCUGGUAUAUUUGUCUCAUCAGCCUCAUCAACCGCCUCGACAACUUCUACCUCCAGUUCACCUUCCACCUCAUCUCCGAGUCGAGGAGGUCCCUCUGCCCCAGUAACUAUUGAAUCAGACUUAUCCAGUUCUCGCCAUAUACAAGCAUCACACAUGUUCGGCGAGGAAAUAGUACCUCAUACAGAUCAAAAUACUACGAUUACUGUCUCAAGUGCAGAAGCCACAACUCUCGCUAAAGGCUCAUCGGAACUCAAGCUUUUUCCCGGGGUGUCAGGCCGACGAGGUGAGAUUGAAUCAGAGGCUGGUGAUGGAACGCGAUUACUUUCUACCCCAAGUUCCUCCAACUCCGGUGACUCCUUGCUGUUGGCUAAACCAGACCAGAGUGAGACAAUAAUUUAUUCGAAUUACUGGCCCAUGGAAUAG